AGGCCGGCUUUUUUAGGAGGGAGACCCUCCUUCGCGGCCGCCCGCUCGCAGCCAUGGCUUUGAAGGAGGCGGGCGGCAGCAUCCUGCCCAUCAGCGACAUGGUGUCGGGGCCGUCGGGCUCGCCGUUCCCCGAGGUGGUGGAGCUGAACGUGGGGGGCCAGGUGUACGUGACGAGGCACUCCACGCUGCUCAGCGUCCCGGACAGCACGCUGGCCACCAUGUUCUCCCCGUGCCGGGGCGGCCCCGCGGCGGCCCGCCAGCUGCCCAGGGACAGCCGGGCGCGCUUCUUCAUUGACCGCGACGGCUUCCUCUUCAGGUACGUGCUGGAUUACCUGCGGGACAAGCAGCUGGCGCUGCCUGAGCACUUCCCCGAGAAGGAACGGCUCCUGCGGGAGGCCGAGUACUUCCAGCUGGGCGACCUGGUGAAGCUGCUGUCGCCCAAGGUCACCAAGCAGAGCUCGCUCAACGACGAGGGCUGCCAGAGCGACCUGGAGGAUAGCAACUCGCAGGGCAGCAGCGACCGGCUUCAGCGGGCGGCGCUGGACAAGCGCUCGGGCUUCCUCACCGUGGGCUACCGCGGCUCCUACACCACGGUGCGGGACAACCAGGCGGACGCCAAGUUCCGCCGCGUCGCCCGCAUCAUGGUGUGCGGUAGGAUCGCCCUGGCCAAGGAGGUCUUCGGAGAAACCCUCAACGAGAGCCGCGACCCCGACCGGCCCCCCGAGAAGUACACCUCCCGCUUCUACCUCAAAUUCACCUACCUGGAGCAAGCCUUCGACCGGCUCUCCGAGGCGGGCUUCCACAUGGUGGCUUGCAACUCCACCGGCACCGCCGCCUUCAUCAACCAGUACAGGGACGACAAGAUCUGGAGCAGCUACACGGAGUACAUCUUCUUCAUGAGCGCACUGCGCCUGGGCACGGUCCCCGUGAGGAUAGGGGCAGCGAGGGCACAGCCAACUUCCCAAGGAGCAAGAAAGAGUCUGGCUCCAAGGUGGACGAAAAUUGGAAAAGAGAAAAUAAACCACUCCAUAGGCAUUACACAGCUCCUAAGCAGCUUCGCUGGUUGGCUGUGGGUAGCCCUAAAGGUUUCGGGUCACUCGCAGAUAGGAAAACCGGGCGAUGACGAAUGAGUUUCAAUCUGGCAAAGUAUGCUGUGCUAUGUAGGGCACUGACUGAGCAGCGGGUUCGGGUAGUGAAACCGCAGCUGGAUGGAGAACACCAUCCCCUGGCAGAGCUUUGUCUUUGAAAGGCAGAGGCAGCCUUAAACAUUACAGAUGUGUUUGAGAGUCGAGCGAGCCGGCGGAAGAGAGAGGUGUUGUGCAUUCACUUCUUGUCCUGCCCCUGUGUGGUCUCAAGCUCCCUGAGCAAAGAAGGGAGGAAUUGGCAGAGCAUCUGCCUGCCUCUGUGGUGAGGUGGGAAAUGCAGCCUCUAACUUCACCAGUAAGGCGGCUGAACAGAAGCAACUUGUUUGCCCUGCAAAACUGGACUUAGGCACGGUAUUUAAUAGAGGAGGGAAAUGUGAACGGUUUUCUACUGGGAGGAGAAAUUUAUUAGUUUAUAUUGCUCUAUAUUGUAUAGGUGGUGACUUCCAUUUGCUGAGCAGACUUGAGUACUCAGAUCAAUCUUUGAAACUGGAUUAAAACAGAUUUUGAAGAUUCAUUGCAUAACUUACCAGUGGUCAUAUUUCAAUAGGAUAUGCGAAAACUGAGCUCUAGAGGAGCUUCACAUUCUCCUGGGUGGAAUUCUGUCAUGUAUUUUAUAUGAUUAUUAAACCUUCUUUCUCAGAAAAUUUGACAUAAUUAUUUUCUAAAUAGUAAAAUUUUCUACUUGAAAUAGUAUGUACCAUUUGCUUAGAAAUAGAUUUUUAGGUGCAUAAUUUUUUGUGUGCAUUUGUGAUGCUCAUAGUGUCUUGGUUAUUUUUUGUGUAUAUGUUAACAUGAGGUUGCUGUAUAGUACAGUCCUCUAAUUCACAUCAAUGUUCCAAAUUAAUCCCCAGUGUAAUACCACUGAUUUAUUUGGAAUAAUGCCAGGAAUGAACUGAAUGUUGUAUGUCAUGGUUUUUGUUUUGGUUUUUAGUCUUCAAGCUUCUGAUGUUGUGAAAAAUAAAAUAGUUAAUUACUUGAAUCGAUACAGUUAACUGAAAAUUUAUGAUUUUGUUAAAUUUUUAGGUGAGGGUUUUGUUUUUACUUCUAAAUGCAAAAAAAAAAAAUGGCUAAGAUAAAAAUGGGCUGGAAAGAUGUUGAGCAUAUUUUAAUUUUGGUUGCUUGUUAUGCAUUUAGAAACUUUUUUGUAUAAUGACUUUAUACCUUAUGACCAGACACAUUUCUCUGAAAUAUUGCAAGGUGGAAACAACACUUAAGAAAAUCACCAAAAUUGGAAGAGAAACAUGUGAAACAGUGCCUGAAGUAAAUGCUUUAGGUUUUUUGCUGUCCUUUUUUUUUUCAGUCUGACUAAAUGUCCAAGUGAUGGAGACUGUUGAUUAAACAACACUUUAUUAUAAUAAAUAAUUAUAAUAUGCCCUGAAUGGAUUGUGUAUGUGCUGCUGCCUUGCCUGACAGCUGCACAAGGAUCUAGCAAAGGGAGAGUGAACCUUGGAAGCGUUGUGCUCUGCACCAAGAGCAAGAAAAGGGAUCAGGACUACUGGCUGUAAGCUCUCCAACAGCAUUCACCAGGGCCCUGUUCCUUCCUUGCUCAUCAGCAGAGCUGAAUACACAAGGAGAAGAGCAGUCACUUUUCAAUUUAUUCCUUGCUGAAUGUCCCCAUGAACCCCAGGAAGGAAGCAGUUUUAGGUGGGAAGUUGCUCAUUUCAAGAGCUCUCUUGUCCAACCCUGGACUGUGUUUUACAUGCAAAAAAAAAAGUCA